AUGACUCUACCAUCGGAAACAAGAUAUGAUUUUGUUCCAACAGCAUCAAUUCUAGCAUUUAUUUUUAUUGGCAUAAUUUUUCUUAUUGGCCUAAUUGGACGAUGUCUCGCUUUAAAUCAAUCAACAAUUCGUAGUGCACAAAGUUUAGAUUUAAUGAUUUAUAGAAUACCGCCAAGAGCAAAUUCUUCAAUGCAAAAAAUACGUCCAUCAAUAGAUAUACAAUCUGAUUUAACUGGUAUUCCAAUUACACCUACUCCAAUUCAGCGAGGACCAAAAAAUCUUUAA